AUGGUAUUUUCCGAAUGUCAAGCCAUGGGAGAUGAGUGUAAUGUUGAUGGUGAUUGCUGUUUUAAUUUGAAUUGUUUAUACGUUAGAUCUUUUAGUCGAUAUUAUGAUACAAAAGAAAAAAAUGUUUGUUGGACAGACGCAAUGACAAACAGAAUUGCAAGAAAUUCAGAAUUUUUAUCAUCUUAUUAUCGAAAAUAUUAUCCACAAUCUAUGCUAACCGAAACUGAACGAUAUCAAAGAAAAAAACUUGAAUGGGAUAAUUGUCGUUUUCAUGAAGAUUGCGGUGAUGGUUAUUGUUGUUAUGUUCAUUUUCGUUUUCGAAGUUUACCAAAAUCAUUUUGUCGACCAAAUCGUGGAAAUAAAAGUGAAAUGUGUGAACCGAAAUCAAAAUAUCGUUCAUCAUCUCCACAACAGUUAACACCGAUUAAAACAUUAUCAAAUUAUUAUGGAUAA